GGCCGAAGGGCGAAGGCGCAUAAUCCCUAAUUCCCAUUUCCCUAUCUGACUGCUGCGAAGUUGCGAUUUGCGAACAGCGAACAGCGAGCGACGGCGACUGCGACCAGCUGCGCGGACGACGGCGACCAGCGACCGGCGACGAGCCCUCAGCCGCUCAGCGACCGCCGACCAGCCCUCCCCUCCGCGACCGCGACCGCCGACCAGCCCUCCCCUCCGCGACCAGCGACCAGCGACCAGCCCUCCCCUCCGCGACUUCGACCAGCGACCAGCCCUCUCCGAGCCUCCGCCUCCGCGACCACGACCACUGACCAGCCGGCUGUGUUCUGCUUCUGGAAUCUGGACCUCUGCUUCAGAAAAUCGACAAUGGAGAGCGCAUGCGAAUUUGUGGAGUUCCCACAGCUGCCAACUCCAAUCGAAACGAAUUACAGGGCAUGCACCAUACCUUAUCGAUUCCCUUCUGAUAAUCCCAGGAAAGCUACACCCACCGAGAUUGCCUGGAUUGAUCUCUUCCUCAACUCCAUCCCUUCUUUCAGAAAGCGUGCUGAGAGUGAUGAUUCAGUUACUGAUGCUCCUUCGCGAGCAGAUAAAUUUGCUCAAAGGUAUGCUGAAAUACUAGAAGAUUUAAAGAGAGAUCCUGAAAGCCAUGGUGGGCCACCUGACUGCAUUCUUCUUUGCCGACUUCGCGAGCAAGUUCUUAGAGAAGUGGGAUUCAGAGAUAUAUUUAAAAAGGUUAAGGAUGAAGAAAAUGCCAAAGCUAUAUCCUUAUUUGAGCAUGUAAUUGGCCUUAAUGAUGCUAUUGUGCAUGAAGCUAAGCGUGUUGAGAAUUUGGCUAGAGGAAUAUUUGCAGGAAAUAUAUUUGACCUUGGCUCAGCUCAGCUUGCAGAGGUGUUCUCUAAGGAUGGCAUGUCCUUUCUUGCUAGCUGUCAAAACCUAGUUCCUCGACCAUGGGUUAUUGAUGAUUUGGAUGCAUUCAUAUUGAAAUGGGGCAGGAACUGUUGGAGAAAGGCUGUAAUUUUUGUUGAUAAUUCUGGUGCAGACAUUAUUUUGGGUAUUUUACCAUUUGCAAGAGAGUUACUUCGUCGUGGGACACAGGUUGUUUUGGCUGCUAAUGACUUGCCUUCUAUAAAUGAUGUAACAUACACAGAGCUGGUUGAUAUAAUUUCUAAGUUGAAGGAUGAGCAUGGGGAGCUUGCAGGAGUUGAUACCUCUAAUCUUUUGAUUGCAAAUUCUGGUAAUGAUUUGCCGGUUAUAGAUCUUUCAAGAAUAUCACAAGAGCUUGCUUACCUGGCGAGUGAUGCUGACAUUGUCAUUUUGGAAGGCAUGGGCCGUGGAAUAGAGACUAACCUAUAUGCUCAAUUCAAAUGUGACUCCCUUAAGAUUGGAAUGGUGAAGCACCAAGAGGUAGCUCAGUUCCUUGGGGGAAGGCUUUAUGAUUGUGUGUUCAAGUACAAUGAGGUUUUGGGUUGAACUUAGGAUUAAUCCAUUUGUACUGUUAGACAAACAUGCUGCUGCAGCAGCAGGAGGAGGUUAAAUAAUACUACUAAAAUACUUGUGUAAGGACAUUAUAUUACUUGGUAAGAGUUACUUGUUGGAUGUCCAAUGCAAUUUGUAUUGAAGAUAUAAGUGAAUCCCUCCCUUUGAAAUGCGCAUUAUUAGUUAUAUGUUGUAGAGUUUGAAGGAGGAAAUUAAAUGAAGAAGGGAAUUGAAUGUGGGAA